AACUCCAUCUAAAUAUAGUCCAGCAGAUAUUCAAUCUCUCGCUGGUGGAAAUGCAGCACGGUUCAUCUUGGAUUGUGCUCACAGCCGACAGCGAGGGCUUCGUUCCCUUGACGUUUACGGCCGCGCAGGAGGUCGUGGUCAGAGACGCCAGCGCGAAAGGCUACAGCGCCCGCUCGUCCAAAACUCUGGACAUCAUCAGCUCGACAGAAGGGUGUAGACCCACUUCUUCUGAAAGUCUGGAUAUCACCAGUUCCCUGGAAGUCCUCAGAGACUGCUCCUCCAAGACUUUAGACGGCAGCAGUCCUCCAGAGCAGCCCAGCAGUAAAAUGUGAUUUUUGACAGUGGUUUUGUAAUGAGACUUUUAAACUUAUUGUGUAGGACUGCAAAUUCCGAACAACAGGCUGUCUCAAAUCUCUGUUGGAUUUCUGUAAUUUUUUUUGUUGCAUAUCACUGUAAAUUAUUUAUCUGAUCCUUGGAAACAUUAACUUUGUUUUUAUACUGAGCAGCAUUUUCUAAAUAUGCCUCUUGCAAUACAGACCAAGUCUUUAUAUCAGUGGUUGAAAAGGCGCAUUCUUACGAGCUUCCGAGCUAAAGUUUCCAUCUUGGUCUU